AUGACUGUGGAGGACAUGGAGCAGCAGAAGAAGCAGGACAGCGACUCAGGAGUCGGCAGCGACAACGGAGACAAGAGACUGUCUGCUACAGAGCCGUCAGAUGAAGACAGUCUGAGUCUCAACGUACCGAUGAGCCACAUCACGGAGGAGGAGGGGAUCAGUAAAGACGACUCGAGUGAACACCUCAGCUCCCUGACAGCAGACCCAAACUCUGACUCGGUCCGUCUGAUUGAGGAGAGCCCUACGGAAGCCCUGAGGGACCAGUUUAGCUACAGAGAUUCGGCUCUCAGCACUCGCUUCGUCAACUACAUCAAGGGCCGGACAGCAGCAGACUUUGAGGAGCCCCUCAGGAUAGAGGAAGACUCACACUGGCCAACACAACAAAUGUCAAAGGUCACAGGGGGCACAGAGCUCCACAUCGACAUGAUUAACCAGCUGAAGGAGGCCGUGGAGCUGCUGCAGGACCCCAGCAGAGUGAGCGCAGAGCAGGACGACCUGUCGGGAGUUCAGCUUUACCCCGUGGAGAUGGUCACAGUGGAAGAGUCACUCAAUGGGCAGGACAGUGAUGACGGCGUCACCACACCAAAGCAGCACAUGGAGGAAGGUGGCUAUGAGUUCCAGAAGAAGAGACAGAUGUUUGAGAAGGCCAGGUUUGAGGCCCAGCUUGCUUGCCAGGAGUAUGAAUGGCAUAUGUCAAUCAAGGUAAACCUAGCACCAUACCACUGGAUGUAG